AUGGUGUCAGGAGAGAGUGGACCAGCGCCUUCGCCUGACAACUGGCGGCCUCAUUUCACGCCGCAGUACCCCUCCGGCAGCCGAGAGCAGCUGUACGCGUCUGCCUUGGACCUGUGCUUCCACUGCGGCGAGAAGGUCAACGUCCCGGGCAAGCCGCGGAUCCCUGGCGCGCAUGAUCGUGGACUGCACAACUGCCCGGUGAAGAUGGCCAACGGCAUGCCUACGCCCAUCGUCGUCCCAGACGCCUGGACGCCUCCCCGCAAGCCCGGGUUCAACUGA